AUGCCACAUAGGCGCUGUCUGUUCCCCGUCAAGGCAAACCACCGCCGACCGCCACUGCACGCCGUCCUGUCACGUUACUUUACGCAAUCGGCAUCACUGAGCCACGCGGCGCGCACUCAAUUUGCAUCUGUCACCGCAAUUAUGCGAUUGCUGUUCGCGGUAUUUUUCGUGGCGACGCUCGCGCCAUCUAUCUGCCGCCCCUACGACCCGGAGGACGAAGAGUUGAAGAGCGUGCUGCCAUCUAGCGGGAACUUCGAGGCUUUCUAUCCGCGGCAAGCUCACGGCGUCCCGAAUGGCUCGUCCAGGCCCGCCCAUGGACACGGCAGUUUCUACAAGCACCGCAACCCUGCGCUGGUGGACGUCAAAAACGCCGCCGCUUACGGUUUCCGUUUCGACGGCAUGAGGCGGUUCAACUUUGACGACGAA